GUUCAGUAAUCUGUCAAUUAACCGUCAAGUUCCAUGCCGCCUAUUAUAACAUUCAAUAAUAAAGAGAUCAUGCGAUUUUGAACAUUGCGUUGUAUAAGAAAUAUUGUGCAAUGGUGAUCAUAUAGCGACUCCUUCGUAGUUAAGUUUUUGAGGUUAAAUCUUAACUCUUCGUUAUAUCUCUUAAGUUUAACAAUGCCAACGACAAGAAAGAAAGUAAUUAAAACCGUAUACAAAGAUGAGGAAGAUAGCAAUGAAGGAGGGGAUUUCAGCGAUUCUGGCUCUGAUGCAGUAAUAACCGAACAGUCCAGUUCUGAAGAGGACGGCGAUGAGAAAUCACAUCAUUCUUCCGACGACGAUUUUAUAAGCAAAAAACCGAAAUCCAAAGGCAGAAAUCAGAAUUCUAAAGUAAGAAAGAAGAAAACUAAAUUUACUAAAACAUUUCUAGAAAGAAUCUCUAAACAAGAAUCUGAUGAACAAGUUGAGGCACCACCAAUUUCUGUCAAAGAUCUAACCGAAGCAGAUAAGCUUUUACCAUCAUUCCUUAAUCUUUCUGAAAGUGACAGCAGUGAUGAUGAACAGCCGAGUACAUCCACAAAGAAGAAUGUCGCCAGUAAUUUCAACACAAACGAAACACAUGAUUCUGAAAAUGAAGGAGAAAAACCAAUGGAAUAUAAAGACGUAUGGUCGAGCAAUACUGUGGAUGCGAGCGAAGAAAUCGCUAGGAAAACAUUCUUAGAAUUAGAAAAGCAUAAAAACAAAAUGGAAGAAGCUAAAAUAACAGUUCAAAAAUACACCACAAAGUUGGAGGAAAAGGAGUCUGAUGUGAAGGAUUUAUUGGCUCUCGGGGAAGAAGAAAUUGCUGAACCUACACAAAGUAAAGUGAAGAAAAGAAAGGUGAAAAAUAAUAGUGACUCGGAAAUGGAGGAUUGGGAAGAAGUAAAUGAGAGUCAUUCUGUAAUACCGCAACAAGGAUUACAGCUGGUAGUUGAUAUUCCGGGAAUGGUUAAGAAAAAAACUAAAAAGCUCGACGUUGAAAUGAUGCUAAAGAGGAAAAUGAACCGUGUGAAGAAACAAUAUCAAGUUUUCAUGCACAAGGUUCAUGUGUUGUGUUGGUUGGGGCACGGUAAUUAUGUCAGCCAGGUCCUAAACGAUCAAGAGGUGUUGGCUGAAGCAUUGUCUUUGGUACCAUCCAAAGAAUGCUAUCCUGGAGAAAGGGUGGAUAUGAAAUACGUCGAACAAAUAACCACAUGGUAUAAAGAUAAAGUGAGUAUACAUCAGGACAAACAUGAGAACAAAUUUAGACCCAAAGCCCCACCGUUAAAGUCUAUUCUUCUGCAACAAAUGAAGAAACGGGUGUUCAGUACGAAAAAAUAUAUGGUUUUCGUCUUUGUUUCCAUGUUGCGUAGUCUAGGACUACAGUGUCGUGUUAUGUUUAAUUUUGUUACAUUGCCUAUAAGGCCACCCGUUUCGGAAUUGUGUUCACUCUCAACCAAAGUGAAGGGCACAGAAGAUGCAAAGAAAAACGACGAGAAAACAAAAUCACCAAGAAAAUCAACUAAGAGUAAAAGCAAGAGAGAUGUUAUUCCACAGUUGGAUGGAAAUUAUGACGUAAUUGAAAGUCAUGAUGGAAAUAUUAUGCAAGUUGAUGGUGGUGAUGAUACAACCACAGCUAGAACGAGAAGACAACGGCUUUCAUUAAGAAAAGUGAAACAAGCAAAUGAUGUUAAGAAACCAGAGGAGGUUAUCAGCCCAACUAAAAUAACAAAAAAGAAUCUCAGUUUGAAAAUAGAAAAUAAGACUGUGGGUGAAACAAAGCGAAGUGUCAAAAAAUCUGAUGAAGCUAAUACUUCAAAGAAAACGGAUACAGAAGAAAAUGGUGUCUCACCUCCUAAAAGACCUAAGAGGAACCCUAGCUUACAUCUCAAAGUACAAAAUGCUAGGAGGUCGAAAAAUAUCAAGAAUGAAACUACUUGUGACGAAAAUACUGAAAGCCAAAAUGAAAUACCUGUCGAUAAAGUUGUUACAGAAGAACCAACGACAAGGACCAAAAGAAACUUGAGAUUGCAAUCAAAAAAUACAAAAACAACAAUACAUGAAACUAAACAGUCAGAAAGUCUUUCUAAUAAAAAAGAUGAUAUAAAAGCCACUAAAAGUAAACGAAAAAUAUUAAGUUUAAAUCUAUCAGUUACCAAAAACGACCAAGAUAACAAAACCAAAAGUACAUCAAAAACGAUAGUUAAUAAAUGCUCUGCAAACAGAAUUACUAGAGCAAACAUUACUUCACUCAACGAAUCAAACGCAAUACUUACUAAGACUUUAUCAAAACAAUCGUCCUUAGAUAAAGUUCCUAAGAUCAUCCUUACAGACAUAAACGAUCAAACUGUAUCGAGUAAAUUCUUUGAGAAGUCGCCCACCAAAAGAACGUCAAGAAAACGAUCACAAACAACAGAACCAAAGAAAUCGCCGAAUGAAAUGUCAAAUGCACGAACGAGAAGUGCACACGCAACAGAAAGCAAGUAUUUUGCUCCUGAAACCGAUAAAAGUCCGGCCAAAAGAUGUAGAACAACUAGAAAAAUUUAUUCUGAUGAUUCAAAAAGAGUAAGUCAUAGAGAUCUCGCGAAAAAGAAUGUCCAAGAUCUCCAAUCUCCAAAGAUCUCCAAACCCAAAAAUGAUGUCACGAAAGAUCUCGUUCACAUUAUCAAGGGAAGGGUAAAGGAGGCCAAAACGGAUGCAAAAAAACGUAUUGUAAAAGGAAAAGAAAAACAUGAAUCUGAUUCUGAUAGCGAUCAUCUGGCCGUUGAAUCUCCAGCUCCCCGUAAAUCUGAGAGCGACGAAGACUUUAAAGUGGAAAAAGUUACACCUAAACAAAAGAAGCCAGUUAAGAAAAUGGACCGACGUGUUAUAUCAGCAGAUGAUGAGAUGCCUUUGAAUAAAAUUAAUGUGUGGUGCGAGAUAUAUGUUGAAGAAUUAGAAGAGUGGGUUCCCGUUGACGUUGUUAGAGGCAUAGUUCAUUCUGCCAAUGAAUUAUAUAGUCGUUCGACACACCCUGUAUCAUACAUUGUUGGUUGGGACAACAAUAAUUACUUAAAAGAUCUGACAAGACGCUACGUGCCAUAUUGGAACACAGUUACACGUAAACUGAGAGUUGAUCCUGGAUGGUGGGAAGAAGCGAUAAAGCCAUGGCUGGGACCAAAAACCGCCAGGGACAGGGAAGAGGAUGAAAGAUUGCACAGAAUGCAACUAGAAGCGCCAUUGCCCAAAGUUAUAUCCGAAUACAAAAACCACCCUCUAUAUGUGUUGAAACGUCAUCUCCUCAAGUUCGAAGCCAUAUAUCCGCCUGAUGCUGAAACCCUUGGCUUCGUUCGCGGGGAGCCCGUUUAUCCGAGGGAUUGUGUUUACAUUUGCAAGUCGAGGGAUGUUUGGAUCAAGGAUGCCAAAGUAGUUAAACUCGGAGAACAGCCAUACAAGAUAGUUAGAGCUCGUCCCAAAUAUAUAAGAGCCACAAACACCUUUAUAACUGAUCGACCUCUGGAAAUCUUUGGGCCAUGGCAGACACAGGAUUAUGAACCUCCGACUGCAGAAAAUGGAAUUGUUCCACGGAAUCCCUAUGGGAAUGUGGAAUUGUUCAAGAAAUGCAUGCUACCGAAAGGCACUGUCCAUAUCAAUUUACCAGGUUUACAACGAGUUGCUAAGAAAUUGAAUAUUGAUUGUGCUCCAGCGUUAACAGGAUUUGACUGCAACGGUGGCUAUGUCCACCCUGUAUAUGAAGGCUUUGUAGUCUGUGAAGAGUUUGAAAAGGUUCUCACGGAAGCUUGGCUUCAGGAUCAAGAAGAGUUGGAACGUAAAGAACAGGAAAAAGUAGAAACCCGAGUGUACGGAAACUGGAAGCGGCUUAUAAGAGGACUUAUCAUAAAAGAACGACUAAAAGCCAAAUAUGGAUUUGCAGAGCCCAGCACAUCUCAGGAUAAAAAGAAGAAAGGCCCAAAACUUGUUGUGAAGAAAAAAUAAUAGCAAUACUGUAUAAGCUUGCCAUAUUUUUAAAUAGUUAUAAUUUGAAAUGCCCUUAAUACUUUCAACAGUACCCGAAGUGAUUUAAUGUUAAGGAUUUCAAGAAUUCCGCCUAUAUUAAUGAAAUAGUCUGUGUCUAAGACAUAACAGACUUAGUUUUAGACGUUUCUUACCUUAGAAUAAGACUUUACAUAUGUACCUGUGGAAUAAUAAUUAUUUUUACGAGGAUAUUACAAUGUGUCACACAAUCAUUUUAAAAUUUCGUUUGUCUCAUUGUUUCAAAUUUUUAAAACCCUUUGUUAUCAUUGUUGCCUUUUUAUGUUGUCUUUUUUUUCUUAAAUAAACAUAUUUUUAAUGAUUUAAUUUUUAUCCUGAGCUAUUACAAAAAAUGGUAUUCGGAAUGUCUUACAGACUAUGAAAGGGCACUCACCAUAAAGUUGCUCAUUUCUCAACUGUAAGUUAAUAGGGUGAAAGGAAAAAGAUUUUUUUUUUGGAUCUUUAUUUAAUAAAACAAUAACAUAAAGACGUCGUAAUGUAAAGUAAUAAGCUGCCUUAAUUUACAGUAAUAUUAUAUAUCAUACUAUAUUAUGUUAUAGCAAAACUUCGAAGCAUAGGUGUUAAAUCUAGCACAGCUUAUUGCUGUAAAAAGAGAAGUGACGAAAGUAUGUACAAAAGUCUUUGUUGUAACUUAAUAGAUAAUAUGUAUAUAUCCACGUCAGAUCUUCCUAUUGAGAUCUGGUCGGUCGAAACGAUUGUAUUAUACAAUCUUAGCCGUGUUUACAGGAUAGUUCGAAUACCUUCAUUAAAAAAUAAGAUACAUAUUGAAGGUCACAUCACAA